CUCAGAGUCAGGACGGACAGCACGAACAGGCUCGACAGCCGCGUCUGUGCUGGAUGCUGCGAGCAUCCUCCUCCUCGUGACGUCAGCACGCAGCAUCAGCUGGGAGUCCGCUGUCGGCGAGUCUUUUCCAGGCUGCACACAGAUUUAGGAAUAAUUCGCCUCGCCACACAGUAGUUAGCCGCAAACGCUCGAGAAGAUGGCUGCUCAGGAACUGCAGCCCAACGAGACGCUGGCGACGCUGAAGUCGGAGUCGGAUAACUUGAAGACGAAACUCGAGGAGGAGAGGGCGAAGCUACACGAUGUCGAACUGCACCAGGUGGCGGAGAAGAUGGAGGCGCUGGGGCAGUUCGUCAUGAAGACCAGGAGAACUCUGAAGGGUCACGGGAAUAAAGUCCUGUGUAUGGACUGGUGUAAAGACAAGAGGAGGAUCGUGAGUUCGUCUCAGGACGGGAAAGUAAUUGUUUGGGAUGCAUUCACCACCAACAAGGAGCAUGCUGUGACGAUGCCCUGCACGUGGGUGAUGGCCUGUGCCUAUGCUCCGUCCGGGUGUGCAGUGGCAUGUGGUGGUCUGGAUAAUAAGUGCUCAGUGUAUCCACUGUCCCUGGACAAGAACGAAAACCUGGCGGCCAAGAAGAAGUCUGUGGCGAUGCACACCAACUACCUGUCCGCCUGCAGCUUCACCAACUCAGACAUGCAGAUCCUGACGUCAAGCGGAGACGGAACGUGCGCUCUGUGGGAUGUGGAGAGCGGGCAGCUCCUGCAGAGUUUCCAUGGACACGCCGCGGAUGUGCUCUGUCUGGACCUGGCGCCGUCGGAGACGGGAAACACCUUUGUCUCCGGGGGCUGUGAUAAGAAGGCCAUUGUGUGGGACAUGAGGUCAGGCCAGUGCAUCCAGUCCUUUGAAACCCAUGAAUCAGACAUCAACAGUGUGAGGUACUACCCCAGUGGAGAUGCCUUCGCUUCGGGGUCUGAUGACGCUACGUGCCGACUCUAUGACCUGAGGGCCGACAGAGAGGUGGCCAUUUACUCCAAAGACAGCAUCAUCUUCGGAGCCUCCAGUGUCGACUUCUCUCUUAGUGGCCGGUUGCUGUUUGGUGGCUACAACGACUACACUAUCAACGUGUGGGAUGUGCUGAAAGGAACACGCGUGUCCAUCCUGUUUGGCCACGAGAACAGGGUCAGCACCCUGCGCGUCUCUCCAGACGGGACCGCGUUCUGCACCGGAUCCUGGGACCACACCCUACGGAUCUGGGCCUGAGUAUGUUUGUGUCAGAUGCUUUAUCACUGUGUGUGUGUGUGUCAUGGAGAAGACUCAACUACCACUCCCGGCGACAUUGUCAGAACACAGUUCAUUUGGACAUGGAGAAAUAGAUCGAUCAGUAGAACUGCAGAGGACUUUCCUAUGGGACAGAUACAGCUCAGACCACACACACACACACACACAGAUACAGCUCAGAUAAGUUGCAAGACUGUCAUGAGGAGCCUGAUGGGGAUUUGCAAUUUUAGUCACAGGAACCAGACUUUCUGAUCUGAAAUGCCAUGAGUCCUACUGAUGAUGUGUACAUGGGCCAAUAUAGAAGUACUGUUAGUAUACUGUAAAUGGAUUCAUUUAUUUGGCCCUACCUUAUAAAUGCAGCAUAGUGAAAUGUUAUGGUGAUGUAAUGUUGUCAGUCCUCUCCCUACAGCACAGUUUAAAUAGUUACUGGCAGGACAGUUGAAAACGAAUGCAUAGCCCAGAGAUAUUGCAUGAAGUCGGACAUUUACGGAGUGAGAUUAGUGCCCAACAGUACAGUAGGUACAUUGCUUUAUUUAUUGCUGUCCUCCAGGAUGUCUCUGUUUCCACUAGGGACUCUGGCUAACUUAAAUCAUGAUAUCUAUGUUUGCUAUUACAGUAUGUGAGACUGUAGAAAAACACAUUUUAAUUAUUAUAGCCUACACACAAUUUUUUGAUCACUUCGAUAUAAAAUAUGGGAACACUAGCAUAGCACAAUAACAUUGCAAAGAGGAGAUAUUGUUUCAGUUGUGUUAUUACAGGCCUACUCCUACUGCUGUAAUAACUGUUGUAUUGUAGUUGAAUAUAUCCAAUGUGUUUAAUGGUUGUAGUAGCCUACUACUGAUUUACAGAAUGUUGUCCUUGAUCAUAUGGAAAUAGAAUUGUAAAAUACUGCGAAUAAAGCUCUUUUAAAGAUUA